AUGACUACUGCUACUCCAACUGUUUUAUGGGCUCAACGUUCAUCUUCAACUGAUGCUGAAAAAAAUUUAAUUUAUUUAACAAUUGAAUUAUUAGAUCCAAAAGAUUUAAAAAUUGAUUUAAAACCAGAAUAUUUGGAAUUAAAUGCUACAUCAAAUGAAACUCCAUAUCAUUUAAAAAUUGAAUUUUAUGCUAAAGUUAAUCCAGACUUAUCUAAAAUUAAUACAACUAAUGGUUCUCAUAUUUUUAUAAUUUUAAGAAAAGAAGAAUUAAAUGAAGAAUACUGGCCACGGUUAACAAGUGAAAAAAUCAAGUUACACAACAUCAAAACCGAUUUUAAUAAAUGGGUCGAUGAAGAUGAACAAGAUGAAGCUAAAGAUGAUAAUUUAGAUGGACCUGGUAAUAUGGAUUUCUCACAAAUGAUGGGUGGAAUGGGUGGCCCAGGUGGCCCAGGUGGACCAGGUGGUAUGGGAGGUAUGGGAGGUAUGGAUUUUGCUUCAAUGAUGGGUGGUGCUGGAGGUGCUGGAGGUCCAGGAGGUUUUGAUUUAGCUUCAAUGAUGAAAAAUAUGAAUCCAGAUGAUUUAAAAGCAGCAGCAGGUGGACAAGAAGAUGAAAACCCAGCUGAAGGUGAAGAAGAAGAAGAAAUAGAAGAAAUUAAAAAAGAUUAA